CGCCUUCUCUCUAUCUCUCUCUCUCUCUCUCUCUCUCUCUCUCUCUCUCCGGCCUUUGUUGGAAGAUACACUUUCUCGCCAUUUUCAACUUCUCUUUUGACUCCAUUGGAACUCCAACUGCAGCUCAUUUAUCAUCAUGGGCUGCUUUUGUUUUGGCUCAUCAAAGCAUCGAAGGCGGUCGAAAAGGGCUCUCAUUUCUCCAUCUCAUCAUCAAAUCCAAGAAGGAGCUUCCGGGUCUCUCGUCCCACCUGAACCCGCCAAGGAUGCGGAUACGGAACUGCCCCCUGAGCUCACGACUGCACCGAAUUGUGAUUUCAGUCUGGAAGAGAAGCUGCCGGUGGAGCAGCUGGAAGUUGUGGGUGGAAAGAAGAAGGUGGCCUUUGAUUUGACUGUCAAAACCUAUGAGUUACCAGCUGAGGAAGUGUGUGAAGAUUUCCCCGAGAGAGACGAGACUGAUGAGACUGCAGAGGAUGAUGAAACACAGAGAGAAGGGGCCUUGCAUACUGAUUAUUCCACUCCUUGUGCAGGAAGAGUGUCAUCUUAUCCCCUGAGUCACAGAUAUCAUAAUUGUGCUAGCAGUGGUGAUGAAUGUGAGGACACUGUCACUGAAGGAAUCGAUGAUGAUGGGGAAGAUGAUGGUUCCGAUCAAAACAAGCUUCUUGGACAGCAAACUGUGAUCGAGCAGGAAUCAUCUGGAUCUUUGUUUUCUCUGCCUAUAGAUUCUAGGAAACAUGCAAGUGCAGCCAACACUGAGGAGAAGGAGGUUAACAGUCCUAUGCCGGUUGCCGAUUCAGAAGAUAAGGAAUGGAGGUCUGACUAUUUAAACCCAAACGUGAGGCCUGGGAACCAGUGCGUCCACUCGGCGUUGAACCCAGUAGCAAACUGCUCUCGGUUGGAAAAAGAAGUGAAAGCUAGAUACACAUCCCCUCCGAAGAAUCACGAAAAGGAGAACCUGAAUAUCAAGCAAGAUUUUGCCUUCUCGUCGCCCUUCAGAUCCGAGCCUGCUCCAAAGCUGCUGAACCAAAGUCCAAGUGAACUGAUUCCUAAAGAAAUUGCAGUGGACACUAGCCUCUCCAGCUGGUUGAGUAUAUCUGAGACCACCCCAAAGUCCAAGACUGUCGGAAAUUCACCUUCGCUGAGAGCCAACACACCAAGGAGUGCAGAGGAUAGACUGAUCCUAGGAGUGCUUACAAUGGAAGACCUCCGGCAGCUCUCUGCUUCAAACUCUCCAAUUCGGUCAAGAGGCAGGAGCCCUGAUGACAAACCUAUCAUAGGCACCGUAGGGAGCUACUGGAGCCACACGGGACAGGCAAUGGAUUUAGAUUCCUGCUCAUCACGCCGAGGAAUGAAAAGCUCGAGGAUCAACAAAGAGGAACAAAGAAUGAAUCUGGUGCGCAUCCCAUUUGAGGCAAGAUUGGAGAGUACUCUUUAGGGAGGCAGAAUGAAAGUAUGACAAUUCUCAACGGAUGAUAUCAGAACGAUAAGUACUUCUCAGUGCCGUCAGUCUGGUGCUUCCGUUUGGCACUUUUUCUGAAUAUUUCAUGCUGUUGCACCAUGUUUAUGCAGUGAAAUUGUCCCUUGUAAUUUCCAAUUCCAUCUUCGGCAGUCUCUUUCUAAUGGUGGAUUUGCCAUAUGACAGUAUCUUGAGUUGGCAUGUGAUUAUUGAUAGUUUUAAUUCUAGCUUCCUAGAUUAAGUUCAGACGAGUUUCCGGAUGGUAUCCCAUUUAUGAAAUUCUGACCAUUCGUAUGCUUCCUUACUAUGCAUGAAAUCUUGGAUCCAACAGGUUGUAAAAGAGACUUGAAAUCUUAUUAGACAUCAAGAGCUACGAAUUCCAUAA